UGGGAUACUGCAAGGGAUUUUGGGAUUUGUUUAUGUGAGUCUGCCGCAUGUGGCUUUGUCUCUGCUUUGCUCCUUCUUUUGGGGGAAGCUGCCUUCUGCCAUUAUUUUGGGCAUUAUGUGGAACCCAGUUCAGCUUCCUGGGACUGCUGACAUGAAGAAAAGCAGCAAAUGCAAGAGAACCGUGAUAACCGUUGAGGUAAAGAAGGAAAUUAUUUCCAUACAUGAAAGGGGGGUCCGUGUAGGUGAUCUGGCUAUGCAGUUUGGUAUGCCCAAAUCUACAAUUAGUACCAUCAUAAAAAAGAAAGAUGCCAUUAAGGGAGCCAAUGUUGCAAAGGGUGUUAAAACACUCAAGCAACGGACACAGACGAUGGAAGAAAUGGAAAAAAUGCUUUUAAUAUGGAUAACUGGGAAACAGGAGGCCGGUGACAGCAUUUCUGAAAGCAUAAUUUGUGAAAAAGCUUUACAGUUGCAUGCUGACCUCAUCGCAAACGCCCCUGGACCAAGUGCUGAGAUUGAGAGUUUCAAGGCAAGCCAUGGGUGGUUUGAAAGAUUUAAGAGGAGAACUGGCAUCCACAGUGUUGUGAGACAUGGUGAAGCUGCCAGUGCCAACCAAUUAGAGGCUGACCAAUUUGUUUUGGAAUUUAAAGAUUAUGUUGAGUCGCAGGGCUUCGUUCCCCAGCAAGUUUUCAACUGUGACGAGACAGGUCUCUUUUGGAAGAAAAUGCCAAAGAGGACUUAUAUAACAAAGGAGGAAAAAGCAUUGCCAGGACACAAGCCCAUGAAAGACAGGCUGACCCUUUUAUUUUGUGCAAAUGCAAGUGGAGAUUUUAAGUUGAAGCCUUUGCUAGUCUACCAUUCUGAGAACCCCAGGAUAUUUAAGAAAAACAAGGUCAUAAAAAGCAAAUUGCAUGUGAUGUGGAGGGUGAACGGCAGAGCUCGGGUAACUAGGCAAUUUUUUAUUGAGUGGGUUCACGAAGUGUUUGGGCCAAGUGUAAAAAAAUACCUCCAAGACAAAAAUCUUCCACUGAAGUGUCUGCUUGUUAUGGAUAAUGCUCCAGGUCACCCUCCAGGAUUGGCGGAAGAGUUUGGUUUUAUCAAUGUAAAGUUUUUGCCCCCCAACACAAUUCCUCUCAUCCAGCCCAUGAACCAGCAGGUCAUAUCAAAUUUUAAGAAGCUUUACACCAAAGCACUGUUCCAAAUGUGCUCUGAGGUGACCUCGGACACAGAUCUAACCCUAAGAGAGUUCUGGAAGAAUCAUUUUAAUAUCCUCCAUUGCUUACAUAUGAUAGACAAAGCAUGGAGGGACGUGACUCAGAGAACACUGAAGGAAGCAUGGAAGAAAUUGUGGCCAGAUGCUGUCCAGGAACAUGGAAGGGAGGCUGUUGAAGAGGAUGCUCCUGUUGUUGCGGAUAUUGUGUCUCUGGCAAAUUCCAUGGGCUUGGAAGUGAGCGGUGCUGAUGUGGAGGAGUUAGUGCAGGAGCACAGGACUGAGCUCACCACAGAAGAACUUCAAGACAUUCUGACAGAGCAGCAAAAGUCAGCAACUGAGGAAAUUAAGCCAGCAACUGAGGAAAUAACUUCGUUGGAGGAGGAGAAGGAGGAGAGCAGAGAAAGUGCACCUACAGCAACAAUCAAAGAAAUGCUUGCAAAAUGGGCUGAAGUGCAAGCUGUUGCUGAGAAAUAUCACCCUGAUAAAGAUGCUCUAAGUCAUGCCACUAACAUCUACAAUGAUAUCGCUAUGUCUCACUUUAUAGAAACCUUAAAACAACGGCAAAAGCAAGUCUCAAUUGAAAAAAAAUUGGUAAGGAAAAGAUCCAGUGAGUCUGAACCAGGUGGUAGUGAAGGACCCCAACCCCCCAUCCAAACAAUGACUAUCAUCAGUGCAGGCAGCACAAUGGCGUCGAAGGCGCUACCAGGAUCCUCCCUCCUUUGGGGUGGAGCAGAAAGAACAGGUGUGCAGCCAUCUCAGUGUCUGGUGUCCUUUGAGGAGGUGGUUGUGUCUUUCACGAAAGGGGAGUGGGAUCUCCUGGAUCUGGGCCAAAGAGCUCUCUACAAGGAAGUCAUGCUGGAGAAUUAUGAGACUUUCAUCUCUUUGGUUCCCUUGAAAGGAUUUCCCAAACCAGACCUCAUCUCCCGGCUGGAAGGAGGAGAGGAUCCCUUUCUCUGGGACUCCAAGGACGAGGAGAUGUCGGCAGCAGCAGGUGAAGGGGAAGAAUAUGAAAUUUAUAAGGAGCCAUUUCUGGUGUCUUUGGAAAGAGUCCAGCAGGAAGCGGGGAAAGGGAUGUUUGCAAAGCGAAGGAGACCUAAAAUGCUGGAUGGAAACAACUCCAGGGAUGAGAGGACUGAAUCCUCUGCUUCUCUGGGUGAGGAAAUCCUGAGCUUGCGUGUAUUUCACAAGGGAAAGAGAAGGGAAAGGUAUCCAUUGGGUGGGAAGACUUUGACAGAGGAAUCGAGCUUGAGUCACCAACACACUGCCCACCCAGAGGAGAAACCGUACAAAUGCCUGGAGUGCGGAAAGAGCUUUAGCCACAACGUGAGGCUUAUCGCUCAUCAGAGAACCCACACAGGGGAGAAACCGUUUCAGUGCCCUGAAUGUGGAAAGAGCUACGCUGAAAGAGGGACACUCAUGAUACACCAAAGGAUCCACACAGGGGAGAAACCUUAUAAAUGCGAGGAGUGUGGCAGGAGCUUCAAUCACCGGUCCAAUUUUACUUCGCAUCAGAGAACUCACACAGGGGAGAAACCUUUUAAAUGCAUGGAGUGUGGGAAGAGCUUCAGCCAGAGCACAAGUCUUACCACCCACCAGAGAAUCCACACAGGGGAGAAACCAUUUAAGUGCCCUGAGUGCAGGAAGAGCUUUAGCCGGAGGUCGAGGCUCACCUCUCACAAGAGAACUCACACUGGGGAAAAGCCGUUCCGAUGCCCAGAGUGUAGGCAGAGAUUCAGUCAGAAAGCCCAGCUUUAUUCCCAUCAGAGAAUCCACACGGGUGAGAAGCCGUACCGGUGCCCCCAGUGCGGGAAAAACUUUGGUCACAGCACAAGCCUUAGCGCUCAUCAGAGAAUGCACACAGGGGAGAAGCCGUACGAAUGUCCACAGUGUGAGAAAAGCUUCACUUACAGGGGGAGCCUUAUUGCUCAUCAGAGAAGCCACUCCCUGGAGAAGCCAAAGGAGUGCCUGCAGCCUGGGAAGGGCCUCAAGGAGAGAUCAAGCGCUUCUUCACAUCAGAGAGGCCACACAGGAAAACUCUGGAUAUACGGUCCCUUGCUUACAAACCCAGCUGACGGUUCAGUGCCGGUUCCCUGUUCAUCUGGCAAGGAGACCGAUAUUAAUGGGAAAUUCUUUGUUUUAUUUAAAAGAUGAGCAGUUGGACUCUCGGGCAAAUGCUAUUCAGUCCCAUCGCUUUGUUUCCUUUUGCGUUUGCGAGCUACGGAAUUCCCCUCUUGCCGUCAUCCUGUGUCGUUAUCGUUGUCAAAUGUUUGGGGCAAGGCUGUGGCUAGGCAGUUUUUCAUUUGUAUCCUGCUUUAUUCUAGUGGUCAUGUUGCACAUUGAACCUCUCGGGUGGUGCUAAGGCCACCUUCAACUGUACAUUUUUAAGCACUUCGAACAGCCAUGGUUUCCUUCAAAGAAUUCUGGGAGCUGCAGUUUGUCAUGGAUGAGAAGAAGAAGAAGAAGAAGAAGAAGAAGAAGAAGAAGAGGAAGAAGAAGAAGAAGAA